GCCCACUUCAAUACAUACAUGUAUCUACAAGCUCUCCUAUUGCCUUGUUCUACUUUAUAGCCUUGAGACUCUUUCUGCACUUAAAUCAUUUCACUUCUCAUUCUGGAUCAAGAUAGUCUUUAAAAGACUCUAAAUCUUUCCAAGAUUCAAAUCUACAGAGAGAUCUUAAGAUUCUAUAGCCUCACUCUUGUUUCUAAAAAUGGGUAGCGAGAUUCAUCAAUCCGGCGAGACCGUACGUUUCUUGAUUCAUUUACUCAACGGAAGAUGGUUCAUGGUCUUUGCUUCUUUCCUCAUCAUGGCUUGCGCUGGAGCCACUUACCUCUUCGGGACUUACUCUAAAGAUAUCAAAUCCACUCUCGGUUAUGACCAGACAACGUUGAACCUCUUAGGUUUCUUUAAAGAUCUCGGAGCAAACGUGGGAGUCAUGUCCGGACUCAUAGCUGAAGUCACACCGACUUGGUUCGUCCUCAUCAUCGGCUCCGCCAUGAACUUCGUGGGCUACUUCAUGAUCUGGCUUACCGUUACAGGGAAAGUAGCUAAACCAAAAGUUUGGCAGAUGUGUCUCUACAUAUGCAUUGGAGCCAACUCUCAGAACUUUGCAAACACAGGAGCUUUGGUUACUUGUGUCAAAAACUUCCCUGAGAGCAGAGGAGUUAUGCUUGGUCUGCUCAAAGGUUACGUUGGAUUAAGUGGAGCAAUCAUGACGCAGCUUUACUUUGCGAUUUACGGUAACGACUCCAAGUCUUUGAUUCUGUUGAUCGCUUGGUUACCUGCUGUGGUCUCCCUUGUGUUUGUGUAUUCCAUAAGAGAGAAGAAAGUUGUGAGGCAGAGGAAUGAGAUUAAUGUGUUUUACAACUUCCUUUACAUCUCCAUCUUCUUGGCUUUGUUCCUCAUGGCUAUGAACAUCGCCGAGAAGCAAGUUCAUUUCACCAAAGCUGCUUACGUUACAAGCGCUACUAUAUGUUGUGUCUUACUCUUUGUUCCUCUCACCGUCGCGGUUAAGCAAGAGAUUGAAGUGUGGAACAUGAAGAAGUUGGAAGUGCCUAGCGAGGUCAAGGUCGAGAAGCCCACAAAAGAAAUUGAUCUCAAGGAGGAUGGAGAAGAAAAGGAGAUGAAAUCUUGUUUAUUGACUGUAUUUAAUCCACCGUCAAGAGGGGAAGACUACACAAUACUACAAGCAUUGUUAAGCCUAGACAUGAUAAUACUAUUUUUAGCAACUUUCUGCGGUUUAGGAUCAAGCUUGACGGCUGUAGACAACCUAGGACAAAUAGGGGAAUCACUCGGCUAUCCGAGCCAUACGGUUAGCUCUUUUGUGUCUUUGGUCAGCAUAUGGAACUACUUCGGUCGUGUGUUCUCUGGUUUUGUCUCUGAAUAUUUGCUUGCCAAGUAUAAAUUACCUAGACCGCUCAUGAUGACAUUAGUCCUCUUAUUAAGCUGUGCUGGCCACCUACUCAUCGCCUUCCCGGUACCAGGCUCGGUCUACAUAGCAUCCAUUCUAAUGGGAUUCUCUUUCGGCGCGCAGCUUCCUUUGCUAUUUGCUAUCAUAUCAGAACUAUUCGGGCUCAAGUACUUCUCUACAUUGUUCAAUUGUGGACAGCUUGCUAGCCCGCUUGGAUCUUACAUCUUGAACGUUCGUGUCACGGGAAUGCUUUAUGAUAGAGAGGCCAUGAAGCAGUUAACGGCUCGGGGGCUAACUCGAAAAGAUGUGAAAGACUUGACUUGCUUAGGAAGUCAAUGCUAUAAAUUGCCGUUUGUGAUUUUGGCUGCGGUGACGUUCUUUGGAGCGCUUGUGUCGUUGGGUCUAGCGAUAAGGACGAGAAAGUUUUAUCAAGGUGAUAUCUACAAGAAGUUUAGGGAGAGUCAUGAGUCCGAUCAGUCUGUAAUGGUCUCUGACUCAAGAAAGUCUUGAUGAGUCAAAAAAGAAAAGAUGUUGAAAUUUAUUUGUAUAAUCAUUACCAGACAAAUUACAUAUUAUGUCUGUUGAAUUAUAGAUGAAUAUUUUUUUUAUAGAGAUCCGCUUCUUUACAUAUUACAAAAUGAAAGAGUUCACCUUAA